CCUCUCUUGCUGUUUCUGAUGCAGGAACCAUGGUCACUAAGGAAAGUGGCAAAUGUAUACUCACAGCGUCAGAGAGCGAAGUGGAACCUGCCGCCUGCCUGGCCCUGGAGAUGAAAUACGCCCUGGAUCCCAACCGGCAGAUUAAAAAACGCAACAAAGCCCUGCAGGUGCGGUUUAAGGAUAUCUGCGAGGCGCAGAACGAGCAGAGGGACGCGCAGCUGUCCUCGGGACAGCAGGGGGAGAAGCGGGAGGCCAAGCCCGUGUCCUGCAGGGCGGCCUACCGCAAGUACAUGACGGUGCCCGCGCGCAGGUCCAUCCCCAACGUCACCAAGAGCACAGGCGUGCAGACCUCGCCCGACCUGAAGAAGUGCUACCAGACGUUCCCGCUGGACCGCAAAAAGGGGACCCUCAAAAGUCUCCCGGCCGCAGAUCCCUUUAAAAGCCAAAAUAAUGGGUUUCUAGCGGAUGCUAAAGAGAAGAGCCCGGGUGGACACCCGGACGAGGCCAGACCAUGCAGCGCUGGGCGAGUGCACAAGACCACAGCCUUGGUCUUCCAUUCCCAGGAGCACGUGGACUUGGAGGAGCCGCCGUCGGGCCUCAACUGUGCGGAGCCUUGCCACAGCCCCGACCUGCUGGGCCAUGGAGACGCUGCUCUCCAGAACGCCAUCCGGCCUCCCCGCGAAGAGCCUGACCACCAGCUGCAGGGGACAGCAAAGCAGGACCCAGGGACGCCAGACUCUGAGGAGCCCACCCUGCCUGCCCUUGGGAGGGUUUUUAAAACGGAAGUCGCUGCCGUCUACGCACCCGCCCUCAGUGCCAGGGCUGCGGAGCCUGGCUUGUCAAACUCCGCCACCCCAAGCCAGUGGUCGCUGUGCCCAGUGGACGAUGACCCACGGAGAGCCGCACACGUCAAUGGGCUCCAGGUCCCCGCAGGCACCGCCCUGGCCUGCUCGCCCCCAAGGCAGUGCCUGUCCCCCGAAUGUAGCGGUCAGCCCGUGCAGACUCGAACCCCAUCGAGGCAGGGCAGCCAGCCUAGCUCAACCGCAGCGGCUGCAGGUGAAGAAUGCCAACAAAUCGUGCCUCAUACAGAAGUGGUGGACCUCAAAGCACAGCUUCAGAUGAUGGAGAACUUGAUCAGUUCCAGCCAGGAAACCAUCAAAGUGCUCUUGGGGGUCAUUCAGGAGCUGGAAAAAGGAGAGGCUCACCGGGAGGGGCUUUCAUAUCGGACGGGGCAAGACACAGCUAACUGUGACACCUGCAGGAACAGUGCCUGCAUUAUUUACAGUGUGGAGCUGGACUUCAAGCAGCAAGAAGACAAACUCCAGCCAGUUCUGAGGAAACUCCACCCCAUUGAGGAAACUCAGGUUGCACCCUCGCCUUACUCUCAGGAGACGUACUCCUCCACUCCCAAGCAAAAAUCCAAAACGGAAUCCAAAAAGCAUGGAAGAUGGAAACUCUGGUUCCUUUAAAACUCAUGGUGUUUGGAGUCUCAAGGCCUCUUUAAAACCC